AUCCCCUCGACAAGCGUGCCUCCUAUCUCUCUCGCUGUCUCUCUCAUAAUAGACACAAUCAAAUGAUUGCGUAAUACUAUUGUACUCUCUCUCUUUCUCGAACUCUGACAAUCUUCCCUGAGCAAUACGGAGACCGAUAGGACACCCAAGGUUAAUCUGCCCCAAAUUUCAAUGGAUUCCGCGGCUCAGCGACGUCUCAAAGCAAUUCAAGCCCAUCUCCUCCCCGACACCGACGAUUCACUCUUCCAGAUUCAAAGAAACGAGACCGGCUCUGAGUUCUCUCUUGGUCAGACAUACAGCGUAGUUCUUCCAGAAAAGUUGCAGACAGGAAAGUGGAAUGUAUACAGAUCUGCUCAUUCUCCAUUGAAGCUUGUCGAUCGAUACCCCAAUCAUCCUGAAAUUGGCACAUUGCACGAUAACUUUGUACAUGCAGUUGAAACUUUCCAAGACUACAAAUACUUGGGUACACGUAUUCGGAUCGAUGGAACAGUAGGAGAGUACAAAUGGAUGACUUAUGGAGAGGUGGGAACCGCUAGGUUAGCUGUUGGUUCUGGCCUUCGGUCUCAUGGAUUAUCAAAAGGAGCUCGCAUUGGACUUUAUUUUAUUAAUAAACCAGAGUGGCUGAUUGUGGAUCAUGCGUGUUCAGCAUAUUCUUAUAUCUCAGUCCCUUUGUAUGACACUCUUGGUCCAGAUGCUGUUAAGUAUAUUGUGAAUCAUGCGGAUAUACAGGCUAUUUUUUGUGUGCCGGAGACUUUGACUUCUUUGUUGAGCUUCUUAUCUGAGAUGUCAUCUGUACGUUUAAUUGUGGUUGUGGGAGGAAUAGAUGAACAUUUGCCCUCACUUCCAACAUCUGGUGUUAAGCUUACAUCUUAUUCAAUGCUACUUAGUCAGGGCCGCAGUAAUCUUCAACCUCUUUGCCCUCCCAAGCCUGAGGAUGUUGCAACUAUAUGCUACACAAGUGGUACUACUGGGACACCGAAGGGAGUUGUGUUGACUCAUGGAAACUUUAUCGCAAAUGCUGCUGGCUCAAGUUACGCAAUCAAAUUUUAUUCCUCAGACAUCUAUAUAUCCUAUCUUCCUCUGGCACACAUCUUUGAACGAGCUAACCAAGUUUUGUCAGCGUAUUAUGGUGUUGCUGUUGGUUUCUACCAGGGGGACAAUUUGAAACUGAUGGAUGAUGUGGCUGCUCUACGACCAACAAUAUUUUGCAGCGUUCCUCGCUUGUACAACAGAAUAUAUGCUGGGAUUACAAAUGCUGUAAAAACUUCUGGGGGUUUAAGGGAGAGGCUAUUUAAUGCUGCUUACAACUCCAAGAAGCAGGCCAUAAUGAGCGGUCAGAAGUCAUCACCGAUGUGGGAUAGGUUGGUAUUCAACAAAAUAAAGGCAAGACUUGGUGGACGAGUACGUUUUUUGGGUUCAGGUGCUUCACCUUUGUCUCCUGAUGUCAUGGAAUUUUUAAGGAUAUGCUUUGGCUGUCCCGUCAUUGAAGGAUAUGGUAUGACUGAGACUUCUUGUGUCAUAAGCAUUAUGGAGGAUGGUGACAACUUGACUGGUCAUGUUGGUGCUCCAAAUCCUGCAUGUGAGAUCAAGCUUGUGGAUGUUCCAGAAAUGAGCUACACCUCUGAGGAUCAGCCCUACCCUCGUGGAGAAAUCUGUGUCAGGGGCCCAAUUGUUUUCCAAGGCUACUACAAGGAUGAAGUGCAGACGAGAGAAGUAGUUGAUGAUGAUGCUUGGUUGCAUACAGGAGACAUUGGAUUGUGGUUACCUGGAGGCCGCCUUAGGAUUAUUGACAGGAAGAAGAACAUUUUCAAGUUGGCACAGGGCGAGUAUAUAGCACCAGAGAAGAUUGAGAAUGUAUAUGCCAAGUGCAAAUUUGUUUCUCAGUGUUUUAUAUAUGGUGAUAGCUUGAACUCCUGUUUAGUUGCCGUGGUGGCAGUUGAACCAGAAGUUUUGAAGGAAUGGGCUGAUUCUGAAGGUAUCAAGUAUGAAGAUUUAGGACAACUAUGUAAUGACCCAAGAGCAAGGGCUGCUGUUCUCGCUGACAUGGAUGCUAUCGGAAGUGAAGCUCAGUUGAGAGGUUUUGAAUUUGCAAAAGCCGUGACUUUGGUGCUCGAACCAUUCACUGUGGAGAAUGGUCUUCUCACUCCAACAUUCAAGGUCAAGAGGCCUCAAGCAAAGGAAUACUUUGCCAAAGCAAUUACAGACAUGUACGCUGGGCUCUCCACGUCCGAUCCAACGCCACCAAAAAUGUCCUGAGAGGAAUAAAGAAAAGAAAAAAAAUAAAGUUAUCAACAAAUUCUUGGAUUUGUUAAUUCCCAUUUAACUAAUGUCGUGUGCCAGGGUUCAUGGGGAUCUUGCUUCAUUAUGGUAUAGAAUUUCAUUGCUUUGGUUGUAACAUGUUCCAAUAAUUUAUUUCAUUUUAUUCUAUCCUCAAGUUUGGUCCACCUUUUUUCAUUGGUUCCAAAUUGUGCAGUGAUGUAACACGAUUUUAUAGCAACUGAUAAUACUUUUUUCGAAUCUGCUUUUCGAAUAUUGUAAUAAGGAUUCAGAAAUUAUCUCAGGCAAACCAGCAAAGCAAAUUACCUCA